UUUGUUAGAUUAAACUAUAAUAUUAUGGGUUGUGAUUAUAAUCUUGUCACACCAACAUCUAAAGUCGCCCCUCCAUUAAUGUCGCAUUAAAAAGGAUAAAGAAACGAAAUAAACAGAAAGACAGCCUCAUCGCCACCACCGCUUUCCAGAAACCGUUAAAUCGGAUAUUGAUUAGCAACUGUCGAUCGGGGAGGCGAUUGAUCGUCGUCGGCCAUGGAGGUCCGACCCAACCCGACGGCCGACAACUCGUCGGCCACGCAGCAGCAGCGUCAGCGCCGUACACCCACUUCUAGUCAGAAAAAGCCUCCUGCUUCUUCCAUCCCCGUCGACACCACCUCCGUUUCUCAAAGGCUUCAGAAGGAGUUGAUGUCUCUCAUGAUGAGUGGAGGAGAUCUUAGAGUAUCGGCUUUUCCUGAAGGUGAGAGCAUUUUUACAUGGGUUGGCACAAUCGAAGGUGGAAAAGGAACCAUGUAUGAGGGUUUUUCCUACAAGCUUUCUUUGCGUUUUCCUCUGGACUAUCCUUUCAAGCCACCGCAGGUCAAGUUUGAGACAAUGUGCUUCCAUCCAAAUGUUGAUCAGUUUGGCAACAUAUGUCUUGAUAUCUUGCAGGACAAGUGGUCUUCAGCUUACGAUUGCAGGACUAUUCUACUCUCCAUUCAAAGUCUGUUGGGAGAACCAAACCCGGAGAGCCCCCUCAACAGCUAUGCUGCUGCUCUGUGGAGUAACAAGGAAGAUUACAAAAAAAUGGUCCAUCGACAGUACUUUGCUGGAGAAUCAAUCGAGAGCUGACUUGUACAUAUAACUCACGACGGAGGACAACAUUGUCAUGUGGCCCCUGAUUUGUCUACAGCGCCGGGGAGGUGAAAGUUCUGCAAUGAAAAGUAAAGUUUCUCAACGAAUCCGGGGUGAUGGAAACGCUAACCCUGGCCAACCUUGUUUAUAUUGCCUGUCCUCUGUGAUUGCUAAAUAAAGACAAUAAGAAGUUGUAAAUUUGGUUGAGUCAAAUGAAGGUGAAACCUGUUUCUCUAA